AUGUCGACUGACGAGUACUUUGCAUUUCCUCAUUUAAAUUGCGCAGGUAUCACAGGUAGUUAUUGGAACUCAGAUGCAUUACUUGUUGUAUCACGUACCUAUGUUAUAAAUGGUAUAUAUAUUAAAAAUGAUGUUCUGUAUAUUGCCGAUAGCAGUGGUGUUAUUUUAAAAACUACAUCACCGUUAAAUUCUACAUCACCAUAUGCAACUACAUCGGUUGUAUCGACAGGUCUCGUUAGUCCGAAUGCACCCAUAAUUGAUUCACAAGGGUAUAUGUAUAUACCUGAUUUUGGUAAUUUUCGUGUCUUCAAAUAUUUUAAUGCAACAUACUAUGGUGUUAUAGCGGGCAUCACAGGCGUAUCUGGUGCGUCGCUAAAUCAACUCAAUUCUGCAUAUGCACUUGCAUUUGAUUCAACGGAAAGUAAUAUUUUUGUAUCAGAUAAUUGGAAUAGUAGAGUUUUAAUAUUUUCUGUCAAUUCAACAAUGGGUACAAAUGGAACAUUAAUAGCGGGUGGCAAUGGCAGUGGUUAUUCCACAAAUCAAUUAUAUGUUCCACUCAGCCUCGCAUAUGAUUCCGUAUCUAACUUUCUUUAUACCUGUAAUCCAUAUGGUCACACAGUUUCACAAUGGGUACCUGGAGCUUCAAAUGGUACAUUUAUUAUUGGUACUUCUAAUAUAGCCGGUUCAACACCAACGACACUUAAUACUCCGCAAAGCUUAAUUAUGGAUCAAUAUCAAAAUUUGUAUGUUACCGAUGAAGCUAAUAGCCGUAUAAUGAUGUAUUGCGCCGGUUUUUAUGCCAAUGGCGGUAUACAAAUACUUACCUUUUCGUAUCAUCCAAAGUUUAUAGCACUUGACUCCUCAAUGAAUAUUUAUCUAAUCGAGGAGUAUGGUACUCAAGUUUUUAAGCACGCAAAAUUAUAA